UUAUCUUAAUACUACACAGAACGUAUCGUGUGCAUGAUCUAUGCUUGUAAGUCAAGGUCACUAUUGAAAGUUAUGUAAAAAUAGUUUUUGGUUCAUAGCUCCCAAAUACCUUGCAUUUUAGUCUUAACAUUGUUGCCAACAACCACAAGGGACGAAAACUAACAAAUUUUAUACCGGUAGCGGACUUCUGUAUUGCCACUGCAAUACUCGAAUACUUGUUUUUCCCUUCCAGCGCAACGAUGGACACAGUGCCCAAACUAGUGUUAAGAAAUUUUCUCAAAAGCGAAAGUUACAUCGUUUUAGUAGAUAUGACACUCGGAGUUCAACAUCCGACUCUGUAAUAUCGUCAAUGACUGCAACAAGUGAAGAAUCGAUAGAAAACAAAUGUCAUGUAGAGUAUAUGGCAGAGGUGUAUCGAGACUGGAUCAAACAUCAAGUUCGAGUUGAAGAUCUGUUACCUCUUCUCCCGCUUGGAAAGAAUGAUACUGAAAACAUAAAGAGCAAACAAAAAUCGUGUCCUUCUGAUGCGGUAGAAAUGCUUCUUGACAUUAUGGCGAUGAGUGACAUACCUGGAAUAUGGCGGAGCUUCUUGGACGCAUUGGAAACACUGGAGUAUGUCCAUCUGUCGAAACUUCUAAGAAAUGAAACUGAAAUUCAUCACAGCCAUAGCUCAGAUAUUCUUAAACUUGUAACGCACGACCUUAAGCAGCGUAUAUGUUUUCCGGAAUUUUUGGAUGCAGUAUAUGAAAGGGAAUUACUUGUCAAAUCAGAAUACGAGGAAGCAGACGCAGAAUAUAGAGCACGUGGUUCACAAGCAGCCGCAAUCGUGAUUAUUGAAGGUGUUAAUAAACAUUUACCUAAUUGGGAUGAAGUAUUUGUAGAUGUCCUUGAGCAAUCCGGAAUGGCAGAUAUUGCAGAACUGUUUAAAUUUAUUGAACAACAGCAAGGAGACCGUUUCAGUGAGAUUUCAAAGAUGGAAAAAAGUCAAAAGCAAAAGAAACUCCGCCAGCGGCGUAUUUGGUAUUGGGAGAGAAAAUCAAAUCUACAGCAAACCUUUAUGCAAACUGUAGUUGAUCCUCCUAGUAAAAUCGAUGAUAUCAAUGCACUUUGUAUAACCGUUUUUCAAAUACAGUCGGAAAUGAAAUUGCUUACACGUGGAAUGGAAGAACUGAAAAUGAUGCAAAAUGAAAUACUUAAACGUUUCCAGAAAAGCUAA